GCGGCGACUAGUGAAAGAAUGAUGGCGUCCUCGGCUGCUCGCUGCUCCUCACGCUGGGUUACAGUCAUCGCGUCCUCUGGACAUCGCCGGGCCGCCGGCGCUGUUGUCUGCAGCAGCCAUGGAGGGGUCCGCAGUAUUUCUACAGUGGGAGCGGAAAAACUGUGGCGAGGAGGGAGCCUGGUGUGCGGCGGGGCAGGGAAAGCGUUGACAUUGAGAGGGCUGUCAGGUCUCAAGUCGCCCCAUGUUGUCUGCACACUGUCAUUUCAUACAACUGCCCCUGCUAGCAGUAAGCAGGACUUCUACCAGGUCCUUGGGGUACCUCGCACCGCAACCCAGAAAGAGAUCAAGAAAGCCUACUACCAGAUGGCCAAAAAGUACCACCCUGACACCAACAAAGAUGACCCACAAGCCAAGGAAAAAUUUGCUCAACUGGCUGAAGCUUACGAGGUCCUCAGUGAUGAAACCAAGAGGAAGCAGUAUGACACGUAUGGCUCAGCGGGCUUUGACGCUGGUCAGGCUGGUGGAGGGCAGCACUACUGGACUGGACAGGCCAGCAACGUGGACCCAGAGGAGCUCUUCCGCAAGAUCUUUGGGGAAUUCUCAGGAGGACGUGGGUUUGGAGACUUCAACGCCAUGUUUGAACAGCCACAGGAGUACAUCCUGGAGCUGACGUUCACCCAGGCAGCAAAGGGGGUCAACAAAGAGAUUUCUGUUCAAAUAGACGCAUCCUGCCAGCGCUGCGAUGGUAAGGGCCACGAGCCAGGCACUAAGGUCCAGCACUGUCACUACUGCAACGGCUCUGGCAUGGAGACAGUGAAUACGGGGCCAUUUGUGAUGCGCUCCACAUGCCGUCGCUGUGGCGGCAAAGGCACAGUCAUUUCCACCCCCUGUCACUCCUGCCGUGGGACAGGACAGACCAAGCAGAGGCAGACUGUGAUGGUUCCUGUGCCAGCAGGAGUGGAGGAUGGUCAGACAGUCAGAAUGCCAGUUGGUAAGAAGGAGAUCUUCAUCACAUUCAGGGUCCAGAAAAGUCCAGUGUUCAGGAGGGACGGCGCAGACAUCCACUCUGACCUUCAUGUCUCCGUGGCACAAGCCAUUUUGGGCGGCACGGCCAGAGCACAGGGCCUUUAUGAAGCACUCAACUUAUCAAUCCCUGCAGGCAUCCAGACAGACCAGAGGAUCCGACUUGCGGGGAAGGGAAUCGCUCGUGUCACUGGCUAUGGCUUUGGAGACCACUACGUCCAUGUCAAAAUAAAAGUACCCAAGACACUGACAGACAGACAGAGAGCUCUGCUAAUGAGCUAUGCUGAGGACGAGACGGAGGUGGAGGGGACGGUGAACGGUGUCACUGCCACUACCACAGGUAAAAGAUCCUGGAACUGAGAGGCUCCAUCAGCGGGUCAGAGGGCAGAGAGGUGGACAGCGUACAGCAAAAAUGGCCCAAUUAUAGAGAACAAGACAGAGGUGUGAGAAGUACUUGGUGGUGGUUGAGGACCUACAAGGGACCUUGAUGGAUCAGUACAGGUCUACCUACCAUUCCCUGCAGUGGAUAAAGAAGAGGAUUACCUGCUCUGUUCCUCUGCCCAAGUGGAUCCACACACAAGAGGAUGUUCCAGUGCACCAAUCACCUCUCUGUAAAAGGUCCAUGGAAACAUGAUGAUAACAAAAUCCAUGCGAACAAAAUAAAUUAUUGUAUUGACAAGGACUACAAAUACAGUCAAAAGUUUUAUUCAGGAUUAAAUGACCCUCCUGUAUUUAAUCCUUUUGUUCUGUUCUCUUUGGUUUUGUUUUCACAAAUGCUUGAAUUUCUCCUAAAACUCUCUCAGCACUGUCAGUCCUUACAGGUUGAACAUUGUCAGACUACGUGUUUACUUUUGAGUUUUAAGUGUUGGACGGUGUAGAAAUGUGUCUCCUAUUUUGCGCUUCUCUCUCUACACUGUGAAAGUUUUAGGCUUUCCUGAACUAUGAACCCUGAUAAACAUGAUAUGUCCCUCUUUUAACCCUUUGCAUUGUGAGAGAGAAAUCACUUGGGAGAUCUGAACCAUAAUUACAUUUGUACAUAGACAAUGGUAGAUUAUACAUGCAACAAUGUGUCAUAGAAGAAAUAUACUGUACAGCUAUAAUAAAGCUAUGGUCUGGGAAAAGCCUCUGUUUUUAUAUAAAUUAGAAAGGAAGUAUAAAAAAAUAACUGAUUGCUUGGAUAUAAAAUUUUGUGCAUAUGCAGUUCACCCCAUUUAGAUACAAUAAAACGCAUUACAAAACACUACUAAACUGCCCCCAACACAGUCUUAACAUUAUGAACACCACAUAGAACUGUUUUUUGCAGGGUUAUUGUAUUAGAGUACAUUGAAUUGCACAGGUGUACCUAAUAAACUAUCCUGUAUUUUCACUAAUGAAUAAAUCUAGUAGCAUCAUU